AUGUCUACUGACGCUAUUGAUCAGCUCAUUCAUGCUAUUGCCAACAUUUCUCAUGUUGAAAGACCUUGUCUCGAAAACCUUUUGGUGAUCAAGAAAUUAGAGAUUGCAAAGGAACCUAUUGAUCAAGAACACCACGAGGCCCUUUCUAAAAUUACCAUGUGGGAGAGUGAGUUGCACAAUCUGAAUUCUUGGACACUUCAAUGGGCUCUUAUGAAGGUGACUUGCAGCCUGCAAGCUGAGAAGGAUCGUGCCAAGGAAGGUCUCAUUAAGGCCAACGCACUUGUCGCUGAAACUGAAAAGAAGGUGCAAGAAGAAAAGGACAAGAUCCAUGAUGUUGAGAUCAAGAAUGAAAAGUAUUCAGUGGAUUACAGAUCACUCCAGAAAUACCGUGAAGACGUCUCUGUGCUGCUGGACAGUGCAUUGACUGGUACCUUUCCUAGUGUUCAAAUCUUAAAUGAAAGCAUUGAGCAAAUCAAAAAUAACUCUGCAGAGAAAUUUGAAAAGAUCUCUAAGCUUGAAAAGGUCAAGCAGCUUCUCAAAGGAGCUGAUUUUGCCUUGUUGGAGGCUAUUCUCGAAUUACGUCAAUCAUCAGUCAAGGAACACUUGAUGGGCGAGGGCAAAGUUUAUUUCCCUCAAGUUGCUUAUGAUUGCCUGACUCAAGCUCGUGAAGAGUACCCUGAACUCCCUGGCUUCAAAUCACCCACCGAGUACGUCAACGAAGCUGACAACACUGGAGCCUACUAUUCGCCUAUGCAAAAGUAUUUGUGGGAUGUGCGCCGUAGAUUGACUGAGCUUAUUGCAUGGUGUGAUAAUGAAGCACUCGUCCAUUUGACACAAGAAACUGAGAUUCAGAUUGAACUCGGAGCCAAGAUUGAUGAAUACAACUUUGAAAGACGUAGAAUCAUCAAGGAAGGUUUAAAUUAA